AUGAACAUAAUAGAGUCUGAAAUGCCAAGUGAUAAUGAAUCAAUCGAUGGGCUAGUUGAGUCCGAAAAUGAAAAUGAUGAUUUGGACGAUUUGAUGGAUAAUAACACUCAAUAUGAUACUGAUAGUGAUAAUGAUUGCGAAUCUGACAGAAUACAUGACAAAAAUGAUGACGGUUGGAGACGUUGUGGAAUGUCAGAAACUAAUUUUCCAUUCACGAAAAUUAGUGGACCAAAUAUACCACAUACAGCAAAGUCACCACUGGAUGUAUUCUCUUGUCUAUUUUCAAUGGAGUUUGUAGAUUUACUUGUUGAUCAAACAAAUAUUUACAUAGAUCAACAAACUAAUCCACUGAAAAGAAGUAAGAGAAUUAAACCAGAACCUGUAACAAGAAAAGAAAUGCUUACCUUUUUAGGUAUAAAUAUGUUAAUGGGUGUAAAAAAGCUUCCUUCAUAUAGGGAUUAUUGGUCUUUGAACUAUCAACUAAGAGACACAUAUAUCUCUAGUGCUAUGAGUGUAAAUAGGUUCGGGUUUCUGCUAACACAUUUACAUUUGAAUGACAGUAGUAUGGAACCUAAAAAAGGUCAUGCAGAAUAUGAUAAGUUGUACAAAAUUCGACCACUUGUAGACACCUUAUCAAAAACUUUUCAAGAGUGUUGGCAACCUAGUGAGAACCAAUCGAUUGAUGAAAGUAUGGUAAAAUUCAAAGGACGCAGUUCGAUGAAGCAAUAUUUACCAAAUAAACCGAUCAAGCGAGGCUACAAAAUAUGGGUUCGAGCUGAUGAGGAUGGUUUUGUGUGUCAAUUUCAAAUUUACACAGGCAAGGAGAAAAACUCUAAAAAGGAAGAUAAUCUAGGAAAACGUGUUGUAAUAGAUUUGACGAGAACUCUUAUUGGUAAUUACUAUCGAGUGUACCUUGACAAUUUUUUUACUGGUAUGGAAUUAAUGAUGUCCUUAAAAAAAGACAAAAUUCUAGGUUGUGGAACCGUUAGAGUCAAUCGCAAAGGUUUACCAAAAGAUCAUCAGCCAGACAGAAAAAUGAAAAGAGGUGACAGUGAGUUCCGAUCAUGCUCAAGUGGCAUAGGAUGGGUAAAAUGGAAAGACAAUAAAGCUGUGUAUGCUCUAUCAAAUUUUCACGAUCCCUCAAAAGUUUCAGAAACAAAUCGAAAAAAUAAAGACGGCAGCGUAAGUGUUAUUUCUUGUCCCGAUAUAAUAAAGGAUUAUAAUCAACAUUUGGGUUACGUAGACAAAGCUGAUAUGCUGAAAUCUUUGUAUGAGAUCGACAGAAAAUCGAAAAAAUGGUGGCACAGACUAUUUUGGCAUCUUUUAGAUGUCGCUGUCACGAAUGCGUUUGUCAUCGACAAAAAAAAGGAGUUUCUAACUUAA